AUGAAUACUUUGUUAUGUACGUUUGUUAUUUGACAAAUAAACACUAGUUUAUACAUUUAUGUUUAUAAGACAUUGCUGUAAACGCUUGUAUUCAACAAAAGUCCCUGUAGAUGAGCAAUGCUUGCCUUUGAAACCUACUUGGUCCAUCAAAUUAUUAUUUCAAUCAAAAGAAGAAACUAUAUCUGAUGACCAAUUUAAACAUCUUUUAUCUCUUGCAAGACUUAAUAUUCAAGAUAAAGAACGACAGUUAAGACUAAAACAAGAGAUAAGCCAACUUGGUCAAUUAACAGCAAGUAUUAAAUACUGGAAUGAAAUCGAUGGCGAGCCAUUAACUCAUAUUUGGAAACAAGAUCUAUGUCAACCACUUCGAGAUGAUGAUCAAAUAGAAAUCAACGAUGAAAUACGUGGAAGGGAUUUAUUCCCUUUUGCUAAAAAGAAAAGUGGACAUUUUUAUAUUGUUCCAGGGUCCAGUAUUUCAUCAACAGAAUAACAAUGCUUAUGUAAUAUUCUAUAAAAUAUUUAUUUAUUUACUGUUUUGUGCAAGAGGAGAAGUGCCAACAUUUCUCUUUUCAUCUAAAUCCUUUUUAGUUUGUUCUUCAAUAGCUCUGAUAU